CAGGUGACUUCAGAAACUUUCCCGUUUAAUACGUGUCCCCCGCUCGGCAAAUCCCGCUUGCAGCUUCCUUCCUACUGCACAGAGUCAAGCGGCGUAUGUGAAAGAAAGAACCUCGGUGGCCGGUGGUCAGACAUGGGGGAAACUAUCCUACCUCGGCGCCUGUUCCUCUGGUGCAUGGCGCUCAUCUACAUGGUAGCUUUUGUUUCCCUCUACGUUCAGAUACCAGGUCUGUAUGGGAAUGAUGGGCUGCUCCCUGCCCGCUGGCAGCUGCGGUACACUGGGAAGUCUCUCUUGGAACAGCUGCUGACCUCUCCCACCCUGCUGUGGCUGGGACCCCGCCUCGGCCUGGACACCCAGACGGCCAUGGAGCUGCUGUGCCUCACUGGGGCCGCUCUGAGCCUGGCAGCCACGCUGCUGGAGCCUCUGAGGGACAGCCUGGUCUUCUUCUGCCUCUGGGCCUUGUACUUGUCUAUGUACCAAGUAGGCCAGGUGUUCCUUUACUUCCAGUGGGACAACUUGCUGCUUGAGACCGGGUUCCUCUGUAUCCUCGUGGCUCCCCUGACAUUAAUAAGGGGAUCUCGAACCGUCAGAGAUCACGAUCCUGUGACCUUCUGGCUGAUUCGCUGGCUGCUCUUCAGGCUGAUGUUUGCCUCAGGAGUGGUGAAGCUCACCUCACGUUGUCCCACAUGGUGGGGCCUCACAGCUCUGACAUAUCAUUAUGAAACUCAGUGCAUCCCUACUCCACUGGCCUGGUUUGCCCACCAGUUGCCAGUCUGCUGGCAGAAGCUCAGCGUAGUGGGAACGUUCAUUAUAGAAAUCCCUGUACCGUUUCUCUUCUUCAGUCCUUUGCGACGGCUGCGACUUGCCGCCUUUUAUAUGCAGUUGCUUCUUCAGGUGCUGAUCAUUUUGUCCGGUAAUUACAACUUUUUCAAUCUGCUGACGGUGACCCUCUGUCUGUCCCUUCUGGAUGACCGCCACGUCAACUUUUGGCUCCGCAAAGCAGACAAGUCUGGAGACGAGAACAACGACUCCAAGCUGUUGCUGUGGCUUUCUCGCUUAGUGGAGCUGCUAGUUUGGGCUCUCAUGAUCUUUGGAACAAUUAUCUGCUUCGACCUGCAGGUGGAUUCAGCUAAGAACAGUGUCUCAUCGCGCACAGCAUUCACAUACCACCAGUUUAACCAGUUUCUGAAGACUGUCACCAUCCCCUGCAUCUGGAUCGGUGUCCUCUCGCUCACCUGGGAGUUGGUCACAUCCAUGUUCAGGUGUGCGUGCAUCUCUAGCUUCCUGAAGCGGUUUUGGGGGAUGAUCCAGUGGACGGUGUUUUCUGCUGCUGCUGUGUCGAUGUUUGCAGUCAGUCUGGUGCCUUUUAGCUACAUAGAGUAUGACUCUCACUCCAGGUUGUGGCCGGGGGUGCGUCAGGCGUACGGACUGGUGGAUCGCUACCAGCUAGUCAACUCCUACGGCUUGUUCAGAAGGAUGACGGGAGUGGGUGGGAGGCCAGAAGUGGUCAUUGAAGGGAGCAACGAUGGGAACACAUGGACGGAAAUUGAGUUCAUGUACAAGCCAGGGAACGUCAGUGCGUCUCCCCCUGUGGUGACGCCACAUCAGCCUCGCUUGGACUGGCAGAUGUGGUUUGCAGCUUUGGGGCCUCAAACCCAGAGUCCUUGGUUCACUAGUCUGAUGUACCGACUCCUGCAAGGCAAAAGAGAAGUGAUUGAACUGAUCCAGACGGAUGUAUCCAAGUAUCCAUUUCAUGAGGAGCCGCCUACCUACCUGCGAGCUCACCGCUAUAGAUACUGGUUUACUGAACCAAAGGCCGAUGGAUCUUUUCCAGAGCGCUGGUGGAGGAGAGUCUAUGAUGAGGAGUUCUAUCCCAGAGUGCACUUGGGCAACACCUUCUUGGAGGGCAUGCUCACCCAGUUUGGACUAAAGGUAAAUCUGUCCAUAAAUGGUGACGAUCACUGGAUAAUGACAAACUAUGAUGGCUUCCCUACUUUUCUUUCUGUGAGAGAGACAAAAGCCUUUGAAGGUGAGGCUAAUUUUUAUGAUUUUUCUUUUUUAUAUGUUCUGCAGGACAAGUCGGCUUCACGUCGGGUUUCCAACACCUCUGUUGCCCAAGCGGUGAGGAGGGUGCGUGCUCAGGUCAGAGGCGUUCCUGCCCACACUCUCAUCUGGACUCUCAUUGCCUGUAGCGCCACCUUCUGUCUGCUCCAGGGUUUGCGUGGCAAGAACAGGCAUACAGAGCAGACUGCAGUCACCAAUAAGGCGGCUGAGAAGGUGGACGAUCUCAACGAGGGUGGAGAUGAAAGCUUGUCAGAUCAUUCAGAGGAAAAACAGGCAAAGGAGGAUGAGAGUGAAAAGAACACUGACGAUGAAGAGGAGGAGGAAAAUGAGCAAAAGUCAGUCAGUGAAAAUGAUGAUGAGGAAGAGUUGGUGAAGAAAGAUGAGAGUCAUGAUGAAAGUUUUUAGAGACGUUUCAGACUUUGAUCACCACCUGCCUUAAAAAAAAAAAAAGCCAGAGGACAUUUCUGCUUCUUCAUCAGCCACAGUUU